AUGGUAGACCCGUUAAGCAAAAACUUGACCAAUGAUAUCCUAAUGCCACCAACAACUGAGGUGUCCAAUGACAUUAAAACCUUUUUUAGGGACAUUGAAACUCAUAGCUUCAAAUCCAGCGAUGAAUCGUUGGAGGGCGAGCACGAUCAUGGAACUGUACCGGUGAAUGUAUCUCCUUAUUCUGCCGAUUACAAACCUCCCAUAUCAGAGAGCAAGAUAUAUGUUUACAGCAUAAAUGAAUUGCUUUCAUUUUCUAAAGUGCCUGCAUCUCCUUCUAUACAGGAACUCAUCGAUUCUUUGCCUAAGAAGAAGUUUUGGAGAUUUGGUCGUAGGUUUUCGGAUCAAGGCUCUCAUAAAGGCACAGGCCAAAAGAAUGGAAACAGAAGCCCAAAUCCAAACUCCAAAACAAAGUCUGUUGUUGGGGAAGAGAGUUUUGGUGAGAAAAAGAAUAGUAAAGGCAAAAAUUCAAGGGUUCAGCACCCGAAAAGGGGAAGUAAAUUUGGCAAGGGUGAGAGAAUCGGUUAUCUGGAAGAGAAAGACAUUACGGUUAAUAAUGAAGACCUGCUUGCGUUGGAAGAGAACUUUGAACGGACUGGUAAUUCAAUGGCAGACUUUGAAUCAUGGAAAGCUAAGAUGAAGGAGAUGGAACGUAAAAAGAGAGGCUUAUCUGAAACAAAAAUUGAAGGAGUUGAAAAUAAAGCAUUUUCUUCAAGUACGUCAAGUUCAAUAUCUGACUUUUUAAAAUUAAACAAAAACAGUAACGCAGAUAAUGGCGGCAUCGAGAAAGUUGAUGCGAGUGACCGGAGCUCCGCCGAUGAACAUAGGAAAAACAAACAAAAUGAGACAUUAAAAGGUGCCUCAAGAUUUUCGUCUUUUUUCACUCAAUCUUCGUCGCCAAAUGUUCCAACACCAGCUGUUAAUACUGCUGCCAGUGCUACAGAACAACAUCCCGAUGGAAACGCGAAAAAACCAUUAGAACCGGCAACCAGUGGAUCUCGACUUAUGUCCUUUUUCAAUGCGGACUCUCAGAAAGUGAAACAGGCACCAGGACCUUUACGCAAUAGCUCAGGACCUAAAGAGGUAAUAAAUUCGUUUAUACAACCUACAGCACAAUAUCCGGGUCCACAGCCAGUACCCCCGUUGCCUAAUGUGCAAAGAGUGCCUGCCGGAGAGCAAUCGCAAACAAAUAACCUGUUCUUCCAAGGGCUACUCAACAGAGGCAAAUUACAAGAAUCCAACGGGAUGCCUGCUCCACCACCGGAGAUGAGUGUCCCACCGGGAAUGGGUCAUUUAUCUCAUGCACCAGUACCUCAGCAAUCUCAACAAGCUCACCGAGGUACAGUACCACCUGGAUUUCCAAUGGGAAUCUCACCAGCUAAUUUUCCACCACCAUUUCAAAGAAGUUCUCAAAUGCCUGCCCAUUUGGUGAGCGAAAACACAAAAAACAUUGGCGAUAGCAAAUCGAUGAGUGCGGGUGGUAAUUCAACUAUACACAUGAAUCAACAUCGAAAUCACCCUCCACCAGGCGUACUUCCUCAAAUGGCACCAGGUAUGGCACCUCCAGGAUUUUCUCCAAUGCAAGGUUUACCACCGAAUUUUAACCCAUCCAUGUAUGGACCCCCCGCUGGAAUAAUGCCACCAAAUGGCCAACCUUUUUAUCCUCCAAUGCCACCUCCACCAGGCGGAAAUGUAAAUUUUGGGCCAUUUCAAAUCCCUAGCAUGCCCAAACAACAAGAUAGUAGGCCAAGUAAAUAA